AUGAGCCUCAUUUUCGUUAUUUUCCUGGAAAAUGGAUUUCACUCUUACACAAUAUUUAUUUGGUGGACAUUUUUUAAAUAUAUUGACCCAGUUUGCAAACAUAUUGAUAUUUUAGAGCUGAAGGUUUUUACAUAAAUGUGUCAAAUUGCAUGAAACAGACUGUUAAAGUUCUGAUCCGCAACAGGUAAGAUGUUUACUGCCCAUCCCUUUUAAAAAUAUUAGAAAAUAUAAAAUAUGUUUGUUUUUUUCAUAAUUAUAAACUUGAUGAUGUGAAGCUGACUGAUCCACUUCUGCAGCUCCAGUCAUGUCCGGAUCAGUUCCAGCCUCCUCCUCCAUCAGCUGCGUCCCCUCCCUCCCUGAUCCCAACAAAUGCGGGCGCUCCAUGAGGGGGCUCAUCAGAGUCCUGAUCCGCGGUUUCUGACUCUCAUCGUCCACGUUUUGCAUUUUAAAGCCGAUCAACCCGUGGACGUGGAGCGCGCGCUCGCAGGAAGAGGAGACGGGCUGUGCGCGCAGGACCACUCCAUCUCCGGUGAUCUUUGCGCAGSGCGGACAGAGGACAUGCCCACCGCCAUCCAGGCGCAGCGGAAGCCGUGAAAAGAGCUGGACGCACGCGCGCGCGGAUCCCUCAGGUUUCAGCUGGGAGAGGUUUGGUACAGGACCAUGAAGUCCAGGAGUCAGGAUCUGAGUCUGUCCGACUCCAGGGAGCUGGACAGAUCCUACGACCCGCUCACAGGUAAUCCUCCAUCCAGACCUGCCAAAAAGACCCUGAAGCAGCGUUUUCUCAAACUGCUGCCCUGUUAUCACUCCGGAUCAAGGUCUUCAGAUAUUCAAAAAAGUAUAGCUGAUGAGGGAGAACUAUCCACCGUGCAUCACAGACCCGUGGGCCUYGACAGACUCGUUCAACAAACCAAAUUCAACAAGAAGGAGCUGCAGGUUCUCUACCGCGGAUUCAAAAACGAGUGUCCCAGCGGCGUUGUGGACGAAGAAACCUUUAAAAGCAUCUACUCACAGUUCUUUCCUCAGGGAGAUUCAAGCAUGUACGCACAUUUCCUGUUUGAAGCUUUUGACACCCAUAACAACGGAUUGGUCAGCUUUGAAGACCUGGUUCUAAAUCUGUCCAUCAUCCUGCGAGGCUCCAUCACCGACAAACUCAACUGGGUGUUUAACCUGUACGACCUCAACAAGGACGGCUGCAUCACCAGAGAGGAGAUGACGGACAUAAUGCACUCCAUCUACAGCAUGAUGGGGAAGCACACCUACCCCAGCCUGAAGGAUGCUGCGAAAGAUGCUCCGAAAGAACACGUCGACAGCUUCUUCCAGAAAAUGGACAAAAACAAAGAUGGGGUGGUCACCAUCGAGGAGUUUUUAGAAACGUGUCAAAAGGACGAGAACAUCUUGCAGUCCAUGCACAUGUUUGAUAACGUGAUCUGAGCGCUGGCAUGAAGGAGAUCCAUGUUCCUGGUCUGCUGGGAGCCCAACAGGAGGAGACAGGAGGUCCUACCUGAGGGUGACCACUCCCAAAGCCACCUUUUCCAAAAGACUGACCAGGAGGAGCCGAGUCUUGACGUACAAAAUGUGAAAUUUAGAGUCUAAAUUUAGAGGAAGAUGUGAAAAGUUCAGUUCACGUGUAAGAAAUUGAUGUAAAUGUUCUAAAACAUGCAAGUUUCUGCAUCUUUACUCCUGAGAAUGAUCAGACUUUUCUCUUAACACUUGAGCAACAAUGUGAGACACCAGUGAAAAUAUGUUGCACGUUUUGUACGCACGCAUCACAUGAUGGAAGACAAAGUAUUCAGUUGAAACAACAAAAAAAUAUCACUUAUAAUGUAAUUUGUGUUCGCAUGAUGCACUUAUUUUUACUGACCUCUAAAAUGUUUAUUGAAAUUGGAAUAUAUAUUUUUCUAUGCAACAGAUUAUCUGCAAACAUGUAAUGUAAUUUUUAACCUGUUGAAUGUGUGCAGUUGCAUGUAAAGGAAGGCCUCAGAUUGUUUUAAACAGGAUUUUCAGAGUCGAUACGUUGUUUAAAAUCAUCUUUAAUCAUCUCUUGCACCGGUGAGCGAUGUAUAAAAUAUAAAAUGAUUCCCUCUGUGUUGUGACUCUUUUGAAGCAGCUGAAUAAAUAAAUGUAAAAUUUGGUGUCAAUGACAAAA